CCGACUGCGGCCAUGUGGGGACGAGGGAUCCUGCUCGCAGGACUGCUACUGCAGCUGUGCAGCCAUGGAGACGCCGCCGCUCUGUCCAACAACAGAAGGAAGAUAUUCCGCCGGAACUCCUCGCCGUACUUCCUGCCCUCCGGGGGCGACACGGACAACGACGUGAUCUCCGUGAGGUCCGAGGUCCACAUCCACCCCAACGGCGUCCACCCUGAGGACUGCAAGGACGAUGCCCGUGCGGAGGGGUUCCAGCAGCCUCUGGUGUCGUCCACGACCGCCCGGCCUCUGGGGGUGUCCCUGGAGUACCCCGGGGUCACGCCCCGGUCCUUCGGGGUCACGGUCACCACGACUGCCACGGUGAAGAAGGGCCGUCCGGCAGUCCUGGACUACUCGACCGUGGACAUAACCCCGAAACCAGGCGCCGUAUUGCCUCUGGAGGGGCAGAGCUUUCUGGGGGACUCGGCCUUGCUCCACGCAUUCCCCACGCUGGGGUCGUUCGGAAAUAGGUUCCAAAAAAUAGACCCCUUCGUUCCAGAUGUGCCGCCCGCGAUCGGACGGUACCCGGCAGACAUCGCUGGCUACCCGAUACCCCCCUCUUCGCUGGAAUUUUAUAAUCUUUCUCCCGGCUCCUACAGAGAACCGCUACCAACGUUUUUUGGGAACACCAAUGAGCAAGCAUAUCGCGGGUCUUUCGUUCCUUCGUUCACAACGGGCAGGCCAUUUAUAAGCACAAUUACGCCAAGCCCUAUUCCAGUAGGAUACCCUAAAAUUUCCCCGGCAGUUGGUUUCAGCUAUCCAACAACUACUGUGAUUCCUACGUCAUCAACACCAAGUCUGGUCGAAAGCACAACCACGACACCUGUCGCAACAGGCUACCCUAAAGUAACCCCAUCUGUUGAGUUUACCUACCCUUCAACAACACCAAAACCCUUUUCUUCAACAUCUACUUUCACGACUCCACAACCUACUAUUAGCACAGUUACUACUUCCCCGUCUAUAACAGACUACCAGAAAGUGACACCAUCUGUCCAGUUCACUUACCCUUCAACCACUGCAAAACCAGCUUCGCAGUCAUCAUUCAUACCUACUUUCACCACACCAAGACCUACUUUUAGCACAACUGUAACCCCUUUAGUAACCGGAUAUCCUAAAGUCUCUCCAUCAGUUGUAUUUUCUUAUCCUACUCCAAGACCAGCUUUACCAUCUUCGUUUGUACCUACUUUCACUACACCCAGACCUACUUUCAGCUCAACUGUAAGCCCUUUAAUAACAGGAUAUCCUAAGGUAUCUCCAUCAGUUGUGUUUUCUUAUCCUACUACUCCAAGACCAGCAUUCCCAUCUUCGUUUGUACCUACUUUCACUACACCCAGACCUACUUUCAGCUCAACUGUAAGCCCUUUAAUAACAGGAUAUCCUAAGGUAUCUCCAUCAGUUGGGUUUUCUUAUCCUACUACUCCAAGACCAGCUUUUCCGUCAUCAUUUGUACCUACUUUCACUACACCAAGACCUACUUUUAGCACAACAGCAAGCCCCUUAAUAACAGGAUAUCCUACGGUAUCUCCAUCAGAUGUGUUUUCUUAUCCUACUCAAAGACCCGCAUUCCCAUCAUCGUUUCUACCUACGUUCACUACACCAAGACCUACAUACAGCACAACAGCAAGCCCCUUAAUAACAGGUUAUCCUAAAGUUUCUCCAUCAGUUGUGUUUUCUUAUCCUACCACUCCAAGACCAGGAUUCCCAUCAUCAUUUCUACCUACUUUUACUACACCCAGACCUACUUUCAGCUCAACUGUAAGCCCUUUAAUAACAGGAUAUCCUAAGGUAUCUCCAUCAGUUGGGUUUUCUUAUCCUACUACUCCAAGACCAGCAUUCCCAUCUUCGUUUGUACCUACUUUCACUACACCCAGACCUACUUUCAGCUCAACUGUAAGCCCUUUAAUAACAGGAUAUCCUAAGGUAUCUCCAUCAGUUGGGUUUUCCUAUCCUACUACUCCAAGACCAGCAUUCCCAUCAUCGAUUGUACCUACUUUCACUACACCCAGACCUACUUUCAGCUCAACUGUAAGCCCUUUAAUAACAGGAUAUCCUAAGGUAUCUCCAUCAGUUGGGUUUUCUUAUCCUACCACUCCAAGACCAGGAUUCCCGUCAUCAUUUGUACCUACUUUCACUACACCAAGACCUACAUACAGCACAACAGCAAGUUCCUUAAUAACAGGAUAUCCUACGGUAUCUCCAUCAGUUGUGUUUUCUUAUCCUACUCAAAGACCAGCAUUCCCAUCAUCGUUUGUACCUACGUUCACUACACCAAGACCUACAUACAGCACAACAGCAAGCCCCUUAAUAACAGGAUAUCCUACGGUAUCUCCAUCAGUUGUGUUUUCUUAUCCUACUCAAAGACCAGCAUUCCCAUCAUCGUUUGUACCUACGUUCACUACACCAAGACCUACAUACAGCACAACAGCAAGCCCCUUAAUAACAGGAUAUCCUAAAGUUUCUCCAUCAGUUGUGUUUUCUUAUCCUACUACUCCAAGACCAGCAUUCCCAUCAUCGAAUGUACCUACUUUCACUACACCAAGCCCUACAUACAGCACAACAGUAAGCCCCUUAAUAACAGGAUAUCCUACGGUAUCUCCAUCAGUUGUGUUUUCUUAUCCUACUCAAAGACCAGCAUUCCCAUCAUCGUUUGUACCUACGUUCACUACACCAAGACCUACAUACAGCACAACAGCAAGCCCCUUAAUAACAGGAUAUCCUACGGUAUCUCCAUCAGUUGUGUUUUCUUAUCCUACUCAAAGACCAGCAUUCCCAUCAUCGUUUGUACCUACGUUCACUACACCAAGACCUACAUACAGCACAACAGCAAGCCCCUUAAUAACAGGAUAUCCUAAAGUUUCUCCAUCAGUUGUGUUUUCUUAUCCUACUACUCCAAGACCAGCAUUCCCAUCAUCGAAUGUACCUACUUUCACUACACCAAGCCCUACAUACAGCACAACAGUAAGCCCCUUAAUAACAGGAUAUCCUACGGUAUCUCCAUCAGUUGUGUUUUCUUAUCCUACUCAAAGACCAGCAUUCCCAUCAUCGUUUGUACCUACGUUCACUACACCAAGACCUACAUACAGCACAACAGCAAGCCCCUUAAUAACAGGAUAUCCUACGGUAUCUCCAUCAGUUGUGUUUUCUUAUCCUACUACUCCAAGACCAGCUUUACCAUCUUCGUUUGUACCUACGUUCACUACACCCAGACCUACAUACAGCACAACAGCAAGCCCCUUAAUAACAGGUUAUCCUAAAUUUUCUCCAUCUGUUACUUUUACUUACCCUACAACUUCUGUGAAGCCAGUAUUCUCGUCAACACUUCUUCCGAGCCCAAGCCCAACACUCUCAACUUCAACGUUUCUACCCACAUUUUCAACAACUGAACAGUACCUCACCAGUGGCUACCCCAAGGAAUCACCUUCUAUUCCUUUCGAUUAUCCUGCGAGCAAACUUACUAGCACUUCCCCAGCUUCGACCGCGUACACUUCUUCGUCAACCACAACUCAAAGGCCGGUGACAAUAUUUACAACAACAACCACAAAACCAUCUGUCGAGACAAGCCCUGCAGCGACGUUCACGGAGAAAACCACUGCCUCAGGGUACCCCAAAGAAGAAGAGCCAGCAGUCGCCUUCUCGUACCCCACUUCGCCUAAACCUCCGUCCAUAAUCGUCACCUCUACCUCUGCGCCGAUCGCACAAGGCUUCGACGGACAGUCUGCGUCCAUAUUGGUGGAGCACAUCCCGGAAACAGCAGCGCCGCUUCUCAGCAACCGUUUCCUGGCGGACUACCAGCAGGUGUACGGCGGGAACGUCCACGGCGUCCCUCCGGCCGUCCAGAACCUGCCCGACUACCCGGGACUCCCCCCGCUGGAUUUCGAGUUCAGGCACCGGCACACCGUCGGCGGACCCACGGCUGCCCCCGUCAUCUCCGUCCAGAACAACAGCCCCGGGCAGACGAACGUGCAGGCCUUCGUGAACAGCGGGGCCGGCACCCAGUUCUUCUCCGGCUUCGCCCAGGAGGAGAGGGGGCCUCAGUCCUCGCAGCACCGCCACGGGCUCCAGAGCGCCGGGUCCCUCGUGUCGGCCGGCUACCAGGGACCUCCGCCCGGGAACGUGCUCGUCGGAGACUCCUACACGAGCUACCACCACGGCGGCCCCGGUGGGAAAAAAUGCUUGGUCUGCACGGAUGCCAAAUGAGUUCACCACGUGAACCACGAGUGGUAACCCGCAGAGCAGUCAUUUGUUUGACUAACAAACGUAUUUGCUUAAAUCACAUGUCUCUGUAAAUUCUAACUUUUUUUGUAUAUUUUGUUACAAAAUAAAGUGUUGGCUUGCACGGA